AUGCCCGAACACAAUGGGGACGACAGCACUCGUCAUGGUGAACCACCCCAGUCCAGAAGCAACAAGCGAGCCCGAGACGAGGUGCAAGAUGACCUCCCUCAGCCGUACAACGCGAAUUCCCUACAGGCUGCCAAGAGACGCGCCGUCUCGCCAUCCGAGCAGCCGCGCAAGCAAAAGCGCCCGGGGGCAAGAGCCCGCAUAUCCGAAGCCGAACGCGAGGCCAUCCGCCAGCGCCAACUCGAGCGAGAGCGUGAGCAGGCCGCCCAAGCCGCCGCCGCCGCCGAGCAGAACCACAUGAGAGGCGUACACGACGUCGUCCGGCAGCACUACAACAACGUCCCCGAGAGGGGCAGGCAGUGGAGAACGACAGACAGCAAGAUAAAGGGACUGCGCGUGUUCAACAACUGGAUCAAGAGCUGCAUCAUCCAGCGCUACUCCCCCGACGAGGACCACACCCCGGGCUCCCGCGAGAUGGGCCGCUCCAGCGGCAAAGACCUCCUCGUGCUGGACAUAGGAUGCGGCAAAGGCGGCGACCUGAACAAGUGGCAGCAGGCGCCGCAGCCCAUCCAGCUCUACGUCGGCCUCGACCCCGCCGACAUCAGUAUCGAGCAAGCCCGCGACCGCUAUAGGACCCUCGGUUCACGAGGCCGAGGCGGUCGAGGCGGCUCCCACCGCAGACCGCCGCCCCGCCUGUUCGACGCGCGGUUCCACGUCAAGGACUGCUACCGCGAGAGCAUCGAAGACAUCGAAAUCGUCCAGCAAGUGGGCUUUGACCCGUCCCCCAUGAACAAGCGCGGCUUCGACGUCGUCACCAUGAUGUUCUCCAUGCACUACGCCUUCGAGUCCGAGGCCAACGCGCGCACAAUGCUGCGCAACGUCGCCGGCGCGCUCAAGAAGGGCGGCCGCUUCAUCGGCUGCAUCCCCAACUCGGACGUGCUGAGCGACAAGGUCCGCACCUUCAACCAAAGAGCCGCCGCGAAGAAGGCACACGGGGAGAAAAAGGACGACGACGCCGACGGCGCCAUCGCCACCACGCCGCCCCCCCCAGCUGAACCCGAGGACGACGAACUGGAAGAAGGCGAGGAGGAACCAACCGCUGAAUGGGGCAACUCGAUAUACCGCGUCCGGUUUCCCGGCAAGACGCCCGAGGACGGCAUUUUCAGACCGGCAUUCGGCUGGAAGUACAACUUCUUCCUAGACGAAGCCGUAGAAGAGGUUCCGGAAUACGUGGUCCCUUGGGAGGCAUUCCGUGCGUUGGCCGAUGACUUCAAUCUCGAAUUGCAGUUCCACCGAACCUUUAGAGAGAUCUGGGAAGCGGAGAAGGAUGAUCCGGAACUAGGCCCCCUGAGUGAGAGGAUGGGCGUGAGAGAGCGAGGGGGAGGACCGUUGUUGGUGUCGGACGAGGAGAUGGAGGCUGCCAGCUUCUAUAUUGGAUUUUGCUUUUACAAGGUGUAA